UGUAAUCCCCCGAGCUCCUCCCCUCAGUGCGUGGAGAGCUUCAUUUGAUCAAAUCCUUCAAGUUGGAGCGCUUCGCUGAAUCACACUUUUCCACAACAUCUCAACUGUGGCUGCCUCGCCGCGCUGCAACUUGUAUGAGGACUUGUUUCCAUCAAUAACUGACGCUAAAGAGAGGGAAAGGACACUGUAUCCUGUUGUUAUCAGCGAUGGAGAGAGGGAUCAGAUAUUGCCGGGUUAAUGUCAGUGCUUUCUGCACCCUGCUUUUGGUUUUGUUCGCUUCGGUUCCUGUGACCGAAACAGUGAUAACUUGCAGGUCAUGUCACCUGCUGGAUAAGUGGAGCGGUCGGGAAUUACUGGUGAGGAUGGACAGUGGUGUCGACUCUGGUAAAGUUAGUGGAAAAAAUGGAGACGGGUCAACGGCGCUGUUUAAUUCGGCUGGUGCUGAAACUGCUCAGCCCGACUACGGCGCAACCGACAACGGCGAACACGCUCACUCUGUGCGUAAACGGAAUACAGAGAGGCUUCGCUCAGAGAAAAUGCCACCCGAUGAUAAAUGGAAGUCGGUGCGCAGUAAUGGCAAAGUUCAUCAUCUCAAACGGGCAGGUUCACAAGGUUCAAGUUCAACCCCUGGAGAUCCCCAUCACCGAGUGCGUAGAAGCACCCAGGGACCCAGCUCGUCCCCAGGUGCGCGCUCGCCACCGGCUUUUGGCAACAGCACCGCGCGGGCUGCGCGCAGAGUCCCCCGCUCUGAGCUGAGGUGGAACAGGGAAGAGCGGAGAACGGCCACAUCACGACAGGAGGAGCUGAAACUUACCAGCUCUACCUUUGCACUGACAGGGGAUUCCGCUCACAACCAAGCUAUGGUGCACUGGUCCGGCCAAAACAGCAGCGUGAUCCUCAUGCUGACCAAACUGUACGACUUCAAUCUGGGCAGUGUCACAGAAAGUUCUUUAUGGAGGUCAACAGAUUACGGAACCACUUACGAGAAACUCAAUGAAAAGGUGGGCGUGAAGACCAUCCUCAGCUAUCUGUACGUCAGCCCCAACAACAAGCGCAAGAUCAUGUUGCUGACAGAUCCAGAGGUGGAAAGCAGUUUGCUCAUCAGCUCAGAUGAAGGCGCCACCUAUCAAAAAUACCGUCUCAACUUCUACAUCCUCAGCCUGUUGUUUCAUCCUGAGCAGGAGGACUGGAUCCUUGCUUAUGGCCAUGACCAGAAGCUCUACAGCUCUGUUGAGUUUGGCCGUCGAUGGCAGCUUGUUCACGAGCGGGUGGCGCCCAAUCGAUUCUACUGGUCUAAACUGGGCCUUGAUAAAGAGCCGGGCCUGAUUCACCUUGAGACCAGCAUCUCAGAAACCCAGGCUUUGUAUGUCACAUGUAAGCUUCAGAACUGCACAGAUGCCAACAAGGGCAAACCUUUUCCUGGAUACAUUGACCCCAACUCCCUGGUGGUCCAAGAUGAGUAUGUGUUUGUUCAGGUGUCAACCGGUGGUCGGCCAAUCUACUAUGUGUCAUCCAGGCGAGAUGUGUUUACACCCAUGAAGCUUCCCAAAUACACCCUUCCAAAGGAUCUGCAUGUGAUCAGUACAGAUGAGAACCGGGUCGUGGCGGCGGUUCAAGAGUGGAACCAGAAUGACACUUACAACCUGUAUGUGUCAGAGGCCGGAGGCAUUUACUACACACUGGCUUUGGAGAACGUCAUGAGCAGUAUGGGUCCAGAGGGAAAUGUCAUGAUAGAUUUAUAUGAGGUGGCAGGGAUAAAAGGCAUGUUCCUGGCCAAUAAGAAGCUAAAUAAUGAGGUGAAGACAUAUAUAACCUAUAACAAAGGCCGAGACUGGAGGCUCCUGCAGGCUCCCUCAGCUGAUCUCAGAGGGAACCAAAUCCAUUGCAUACUGCCAUACUGUUCGCUUCAUCUUCACCUGCACGUGUCAGCAAACCCGUACACAUCUGGAAAUAUAGCCAGCAGAGAGUCGGCUCCAGGAAUCAUAGUGGCGUCAGGUUCAAUAGGCGCAGAGUUAACGAGCAGCAACGUUAGCAUGUUCAUCACAUCCGACGCUGGAAACACGUGGCGGCAGAUAUUUGAUGAAGAGUACAGUGUUCUGUAUCUGGACCAAGGCGGAGCUUUAGUAGCUAUUAGACAUACUCCUCUUCCCAUCAGGCACCUCUGGUUGAGCUUUGAUGAGGGGAGAGUGUGGAACAAAUAUAGUUUCACUUCAUCACCCCUGUUUGUGGACGGGGUCUUGGGUGAACCAGGCGAGGAGACGCUCAUUAUGACGAUCUUCGGUCAUGUCAGUCACCGCUCAGAAUGGCAGCUGGUAAAGAUAGACUUCAGGUCUAUCUUUAACAGAAGAUGCAUAGAGUCUGACUAUGUGCCAUGGGAUUUACAUGACCAGGGUGAACGCUGCCUCAUGGGAGUCAAAAGAGUCUAUCGAAAGCUGAAGGCCAUAGCAAGGUGUGUUAUGGGUAAAACCUACUCUGUCACGAUGAUUUCCGAGCCGUGUGACUGCACUGAGUCAGACUUUGAAUGUGAUUAUGGUUUCGAGAGAAGGACUGAUGGGAAAUGUACUCCAGCAUUCUGGUUCCCCCCCUCCUCUAUGUCUCGGACCUGUACUACAGAACACACGUUCCUCAACAGCACUGGGUACAGAAAGGUGGUGUCUAACAACUGCACUGGUGGGGUGAUGGAGCAGUACACAGCUCGUAGGCAGCUGUGCCCUAGCCAGGCCCCUCGCGGCCUCCACUUAGUGACCAGCGAAGGGAAGCUAACGGCAUCUCUGGCCAGCAACGUCACCUUCCUCGUGUUCCUGGAGGAGGGUGAUGGAUCGAAAACCAGCAUCACGGUGGAUUUCGGUGACGGAAACGCCUUCACCUACUCCAACGUGAGCUCUAUCGAAGAUGGCAUUAAACACAUCUACAAGAACGUGGGAAUCUACCGAGUGUCAGCCACGGCGGAGAACAGUCUGGGCUCUGAAACUGUGCUCCUCUUCCUACACAUUACGUGUCAGCUGGAGUCUGUUCAUCUCUCCGCCCCAUUUGUCGCUGUGAAAAACAAAGAAGUCAAUCUCACAGUGGUUCUCUGGCCAAGCCAAGUGGGAACAGUCACCUAUAUCUGGUGGUUUGGGAACAAUUCAGAGCCCGUGAUCACGCUGGAGGGGAGUGUGGCGUUCACAUUCUCUCGAGAGGGAAUCAGCAUUGUCACUGUACAGGUGUCCGCUGGGAAUAACAUCCUGCAAGACAGGAAAACCAUCGCUGUCCAUGAAUACUUCAGAUCUCAUCUUCUUGCAUUUUCAUCGAAUCUGGAUGAUCACAACCCUGAUGUGGCUGAAUGGAGACUUGAUGUGAGCCGAGUCAUUAAAGCCUCUAUGGUGCAGGCGACAGGAGUGAGUCCUGAACAGCUGUUGGUCACUGUGUUGCCUGGACUGCCAACAGCAGCUGAGUUCUUCCUAUUACCAGACAAACAACUAACAGAAGGGAAGCCAGACAAAACAGCUACUCAUUUAGACCAGCUCUCAGAACUGGUUCUCAGUGCUCUGAAUCAGAAUCUGGUUCAGUUCACACUCAGACCAGGAGUCCAGGUCACAGUAUACGCUGCCCAUUUAUCAGCAGCGCCUCUAGUGGAUACAAGUGAGAAUCACAGUGGCUCAGCUAUGCUUAUGCUCCUCUCUGUGGUGGUGGUGGGUUUAGCAGUGUUCCUCAUCUAUAAAUUCAAAAGGAAGAUCCCAGGCCUCCACAUCUAUGCAGCGAUGCAGGACGAAAAAGAGCAAGAAAUGAUCCAGAGUCCAGUUUCUCCCACUGACAGCACACCCAGCUGCAGCUCUCAGAGAGAGCUGCUCACACCACUGGAACCUCUGGACACAGAGCCCAACACCCAGACCAUCGAAUGCAUCAAACCUCAUCCACGUGUCAAAUUCUCAUCAGAUCUUCCUACAUACAUCGACGUUUGAACUCUAGACUCCGCCAUGUCAAGGACUUUGGUCAUGCGGACACAAAGGUUUCAAGCUUUAUUCAGUACUUGUGCAUGUUGGACAUUAACUUUACUGUGCUCUGUGAAUACUAGAACAAACUUUGUACAGCUUUUUUAUAUGUCUGUGUAUUCAAAUAAAUCAAUACAUUUUUUGAUGCUGUUCAUUUAUAAAGAUGCCAGUGUGUAUAAAGUUGGAGGGAAAGGCCUGCAUGAAGAGUGGAAAGAAACAGAAAAUUAUUCUUGGUUAACUGUCUGUUUAUUUUUAUUGUUAACAGUGGCAGUACAGUAUUAAUGAGAGUAAAACAUGGAUGUGUGACAUUUUGGAAAUGUUUUAAUAAUAAACUGUAAAAUUAUUAAUUAUUGCUGUAAAAUGAAACAUUUCCUGGGUUUCAUUUUGUAAAACUGUAUUUAGCACAUCUGUACUUUACAUGUAACACAACAAUAUAGGUUUUACCACUAAUUUUAUUUUUAAUUUUUUCUAAGUUUCAUGCGAUUAUUCAUGAAGCAGCAUUAAAGUGUUAGUUCACCCAAAAACUAAAAUUCUGUAAUCACCCCCAUCUCGUUCCAAACCUGGAAGACUUUUGUUCAUCUUACGAACACAAAUGAAGAUCUUUUUGAUGAAAUCUGAGAGGUUUCUAUCCCUCCAUUGACAGUCUACGCAACUACUACUUUCAAGGUAAUCCAUGUGACUCCAGUGGUUUAACCUCAGUUUUAUGAAGUGAAGCGAGUGCUUUGUUUGUACAAAAAAACUUUUAUUUACAAAGUAUUAAUCUCCAACGUGCAUUCAUGAGAGCACCACGACGCAUGCGUGUUGUGUUGAUGCGAGAGUAGAUGUUGUUUCGUGAACGCGUUGGAGAUGAAAGUGAAAUGAAAGUCUUUCGUAUUUGGAACGACAUAAGGGUGAGUAAAUUACAGAAUUUUCAUUUUUGGGUGAACUAUCCCUUUGAGCUUGUUUAUCUUUUUUGCUUCUCUGCAAUAUCAUAGUAUUUUUUUUUUUUUCAUAGUAAAAUAAAAUAUGUAUUUCUAUGUAGUAGAAAUAACUGACUGUUUGUUUACAGAUACAAACAGAUGUAAACUGACUUGAUGCGACAUUAUGGCCAAGCAGAAGUGUUUGUCUAGUGUUUCAUAAACAAUUUUGUAUGAAAUAAUUUGUGCACUCACAGGGGGUUACAUGAGUGUUUUGAUUUUGCUUCUUCUUUUUUUUUUUUUUUUUUUUUGCUUUUAAAUUCAGUCAUGUCAUACCAAAAGCUGACGGAUAUGAAUGUAUGAAUGUGUAUGUAUUUAAAUAUUUAAGACUUUUUUUUAUUUUUUUUUUUAUUUUAUUAUUUUUUUUUUAUUUUUUUUUUUUACUUUGCCCUCUUUACAUAUUAACAGUAUAAAUUCACAGGGAAGCUACGAGCAGUUACUUGAACUAAUGAAUUGACUAAUAUUAAUGAAUCGGAGAUCACUAAAUACUAAAAUAAUGUGUCACAUAUAGUAGGCAUCCACUAUUACACACACACACACAUAUAUAUAUAUAUAUAUAUAUAUAUAUUGGCAGGAACCAUGCUUACACAAACCUGCAUUUCAUGUCAACUUUAUUUUACCUUGUAUAGUUUUUGAGGAUUUCACACAGUCUAUCCAUAUUGGAAUAUGACUAAUUUGGCAAGCCAAAUGACAAUUUUAAUUAAAAAUUUGUACCAAAAUACCACAGUUUGCAUGGACAUGGGGCAACAAUAAAAUGAAAUAAUUACAUACAACAAUAUGGUUAUUUGCAUUUUAUUAUUUAUUUCUAUUAUUAUUGAUAAUUAGCAUUGCAACUCAUUGCGGGUCAGAGACCACCAGUUGAGAACGACUGCAUGUCCUCCUGUUUAUUAUAAUGGUACUGUUACACACAUGGUCCUCACGUUAUCUUUAUGCCAUCUUCUAUCCACUAUGAUAUCUUUUUUUUCCCCACUAUAGCAGUUAUAUCUAUGGACUGUUUGCUUCCCAUAUCUGCUCUUCUUUCAAUAUUUGAAUAUCAAGCUAUUGUCAGUCUUUCUAUUCUCAUACACCAAUGAAUGUAAAUGGAGGUCAUUUUUAUUACUCAAUUGUCAGGAUAUUGAAGACAGCAUGUUUAAAAGGGAAUUUUUAAUGGGUAAUUUUAUUUCAAUAGUCCUUGUCCGUCACCUUUUGUACACUACCUAUAAAUAUCAUGUCACAGCAGUAGAGGAUAUUCAUACUGAGACAAUUCACUAUGGACUUGAUACAAUCACAGUACAGAUUAUAUUUUCAUAGUAUCAUGAGCGCUGCAGUGACGCCGUCUUUGGCAAAUGAGAUGAUGGAUGUCAAGACUCUCAAAUUAGUUGAAACUGUCAAUCAAAUUAGUGCAGGGCAUUGUGGGUAGCAGGGAGGGGCUAUAAAAUGAGCAAUAUCAUUAAAUUGUUUCUGCUAAAAGGCCCACAACAGAUAAUAAUAUUUUUUUUUUUACUAAAUUAAUGUUUGAAGAUCCAGACCUAAAAACGAAAUUACUUCAGACCUGAUGGCUGAAGAGAAAUACAUUUUAUUAAACUGAGUUGUA